UGUGGCAGUGGAUCUGAAAGGCCACUUUAUUUCCGGCUCUUUUAAUUCAGCCACAUUGCAUUUAAUGAGCUCAUAUACAUGCAGGGACAGUAUUGGCUUUUCUCACCUCCAGUUCUAGUGUUUUGUCUCUUAAAACAGUGGGCAUCUUUUACAUUCCUGUUACUUGUUGUUUUCUGGUUUAGAACCUUGCUGUUUAUUUGUUGAAGCUUGUUAAAGCAUGAGGACUAAACCUGCUUUAACAGAAGUCCAUCUCCGCAAUGUAGAAACGAAUUAGUUCAUUCAUACGCUUUAAAAGCCUGAUCUUUGUUCUGAAGCUGGGCCCCUAGCACUAUGGUCAGAUAAAUGUGACUGUAAGAAGGGUGACUUGGACUGUCUCCCCAGCAGAUAGGUUAUGUGCUUAGAUUUAUGGCCGUGUCGGGCUUUGGCCACUUGACUCAGCUGUGUGAACUCUCUCCCUCCCGUGGGGGCCUUGUCGUCCUGAUGGAUAAGGAGCAGCUGAGAGGGUGCCGUUUCAGCCUGGCACUGUUUUAAACGGGGGAAACUCUUUCUCGCGUCACGUGUCAGCAGCACCCUGCCCUAACCUCAGUGUGUCGGAUCACUGGGUGUCCUUACCCAAUCAUGCCCGGAAUGCUGCUUGUCACUUAGGCUAUUUCUGCUGUCUGUCGCUAUCGGCCCGUAGUGCCAGUGGUCGGCUGGAUACUUUUUGAUUUCCCUCUCCUCCUCGGCCUCUCUCUCCUUUCUUCAGUUAGCAGUUUACAGCUUGCCGUUUUCCAGUCCCUUGGCAGCGUUGUUCUUGUUAUUGUUUUGCGGGCUCCUCUCCCCCCCCCCCCCCCCCCCCCCCCCGUCCCGUUCGCUGAGUGAGGGAGGGUAAGCGAGGGAGAGCUAGGGAAGAGAAGUGGAAUCCGCGGGAGAGGGAGUUGGGGAGAGCGAGGCUUGGAAAUGUCUCACCGUCUACGGCUUUACUUCGGCUCUGGCCGCAGCAACACGGCCCCUGAGAUCGAGGAACUGGACGGUGAGGGCCAGGAUGAUGGCAUCAUGACAUUCCACAUGAUGCCAGGCCGUAGGGGCCUGCCAUCCUUCAUCGACGGAGGGAGUGUCCGGCCCGGGGAAGCCUUGCUCAAACGCAGCUCCUCCAUGUUUAUCCCUCAGCUGUCCAGUCAGCAGGAGACCCGGCCAACCAAGAGCUCGACCAUGCAGAUCUCCCUGCAGAGAAGCAUGGGGAUCUCCGAUGAGGGUGUAUGUGCGGACUGUCCAACCAAGUUGAACCACAGUCCCGUGUCAGUCUGUGGCAGUUCUCGGACUUCCCCGCUCUGCCGCAACGGUAGCUCGGGCUCGGCAAACGGCGAUUCCGCAGAAAUAAACGUGGGGGGUUUCUGCAUCCAGAGGAAGUCCCCCGACUUUUCGGAUGUCCAACAGGUCAGGAGCCUGCCUUACGGUUCCGACAGCCUAAACACCUCUCAUUAUUGGUCGGUGCAGCAGAACAUGGACGGGGCUCCCGGAAGGAAAAGAGUGGUGCUUCAGCUCCAGCAGGAUCAGAGGAGGCCCACCGAAACAGCCCUGUGGGACGACGCUGACGUGUGUUUUGUGGGUAUCCAGGGAGAGCGUGUGCGGCAGUACCCAAGGAUCCGCCUUGAGCGCAGCGCUUCGCAGCCGCUUCAGCCUUCGGGAACGUCCCAGCCCACGAGCUGUGUCACGAAGGGCCAGGCGGCCAAACUCACAAACUCGAACAUGGAUGGGCAGAAUACAAACGUGGGUGAUGCUGCUCAAGGAUGCACCUUCAAAAUCAUGAAGGAGCAAAGCAGAAGGCAGCCUCAGUUUAAGAUAUAUUUCACCCAAGGCGGAGAGCAUGACCAAGCUUCGUCACAGGAUACAGACUUGGGACGAAGCCAAAGUAGGAUUAGCCCUCAGACGAGAGAUGAUUUCUUGGGGCAGGUUGAUGUGCCUCUCAGCCAUUUGCCAACUGAGGAUCCUGUCAUGGAACGACCGUAUACAUUUAAAGAUUUCUUGCUGCGGCCUCGAAGUCACAAGUCGCGUGUGAAGGGUUAUCUGCGAUUAAAAAUGGCCUACUUGCCUAAGAAUGGAGGACAAGAAGAGGACAAUGCUGAAACAAGAGAAGAGGCAGAGGGAUGGGAGGUAGCCGAUUCUGCAGACUCAGGGUCUCGGCGUCAGCAGCCACCUCAGCCACCCCUGCCCCCUGGCUGGGAAGAGAAGAUCGACAACCUUGGUCGCACCUACUACGUCAACCACAACAACCGCACCACGCAGUGGAAGAGGCCCAGCUUUGUGGAUGUUGUUUCAGAGACAGAGAAUGACAACCACAUCAGGCAGAUCAAUCAGGAGGCUCACCGCGUCUUUCGAUCGAGGAGGCACAUCAGCGAAGACCUGGAGAAUGAGUCCAUCGAACCGCGAGACAUGGACGAUUCCUGGGAGCCAAUCUCAGAAGAGGAAUCCAUAAUAGUCGACCCUCUGAACCAACCCGUAACGCCACUCACCUCGCCGACGCCCGCCCCCCACGCUAGUCCCCAGGCUUUUGCUGAGGAGAUCAACCUGCGCUUGUCACUUACGGGCGACACAAAUGGAGAGGCCUCGAGCUCCGGUCCUUCUGUGCAGAGCCAGCUAUCCUCCAGACUUCGCUCGUCAAGCAUGACAGAUGGGGUCAGUGACCAGACCCAGCCCCUGCCACCAGCGAGCUCCCAGACCAGAAGAACCAGAGCUCAAACUGUCACAGGCGUUGAAGAGCCUAUGUCACCUUCUGCGGUGCAGUCCCUCACCACGCCUGGCCUACCCCCAGGAUGGGAGGAGAGGAAGGACGGCAAGGGGCGCACAUAUUACGUCAACCAUAACAACCGCAGCACUACCUGGACCCGCCCCAUCCUGCAGCGUCCUUCUCCACAACAGCUCACAGACGAUGGGGCCGCCACCUCCACCCCCCCCACAGCCGCGCCCAGCAGCCACCUGAGCGAGCACCAGCUCCGCCGGCCUCGUAGCCUCAGCUCCCCCACUGUCACCCUGUCAGCCCCUAUUGAGGGAGCCAACAAUAUCCAGGCCCGACGUGCAGUAAAAGACACUUUGUCCAACCCACAGUCACCGCAGCCCUCGCCUUACAGCUCUCCCAAGUCCCAGCACAAAGCCACUCAGAGCUUCUUGCCGCCUGGCUGGGAGAUGAGGAUAGCGCCCAAUGGACGCCCGUUUUUCAUCGACCACAAUACCAGGACAACCACCUGGGAAGACCCACGACUAAAGUAUCCUGUGAAUAUGAGGACAAAGGCUACUCUGGAUCCUGGUGAUCUAGGUCCACUUCCUAACCUGCUAGAGGAGCCUGGCUGGGAGGAGCGUGUUCAUACAGAUGGAAGGACAUUUUAUAUUGACCACAACUCUAAAAACACACAAUGGGAGGACCCUCGCCUACAAAAUCCUGCCAUCACUGGACCUGCUGUCCCAUACUCCAGAGAAUUCAAGCAGAAGUAUGACUAUUUCAGGAAGAAAUUAAAGAAACCAGCGGACAUUCCCAACAGGUUUGAGAUGAAGCUGCACAGAAACAACAUCUUUGAGGAAUCGUACCGUCGUAUCAUGUCCCUGAAAAGACCGGACAUCCUUAAAGCUCGGCUAUGGAUCGAGUUUGAAUCAGAAAAGGGGCUGGACUAUGGGGGUGUGGCCCGUGAGUGGUUCUUCUUGCUCUCCAAGGAGAUGUUCAACCCCUACUACGGUCUUUUUGAAUACUCAGCCACAGAUAACUACACGCUGCAGAUUAACCCCAAUUCUGGGCUCUGUAAUGAAGAUCACCUCUCCUACUUCAAGUUCAUCGGCCGUGUGGCUGGGAUGGCGGUGUUCCACGGGAAGCUGCUGGAUGGUUUCUUCAUCAGACCCUUCUAUAAGAUGAUGCUUGGCAAGCAGAUUUCACUGAAGGACAUGGAAUCAGUGGAUAGUGAAUAUUACAACUCACUAAAAUGGAUUUUGGAGAAUGACCCCACGGAAUUGGACCUGCGGUUUUGCAUUGAUGAGGAAAACUUUGGUCAGACAUAUCAGGUGGAUCUGAAACCCAGCGGCUCAGAGAUGGUUGUCACAAAUGACAACAAAAAGGAAUAUAUAGAUCUUGUUAUUCAGUGGAGGUUUGUAAACAGGGUCCAGAAGCAAAUGAAUGCAUUUUUGGAGGGAUUCACAGAACUCAUCCUUAUUGACCUGAUUAAGAUAUUUGAUGAAAAUGAGCUGGAGCUGCUGAUGUGUGGCCUUGGCGAUGUGGAUGUCAAUGACUGGAGACAGCAUACAAUUUACAAGAAUGGAUACUGCCCAAAUCACCCUGUCAUCCAGUGGUACUGGAAGGCUGUCUUGCUGAUGGAUGCAGAGAAGAGGAUUCGUCUGCUUCAGUUUGUCACCGGGACUUCUCGUGUCCCCAUGAACGGCUUUGCUGAACUAUAUGGAUCCAACGGACCGCAGCUGUUUACCAUUGAGCAAUGGGGAACACCUGACAAGCUCCCUCGAGCUCAUACCUGCUUCAAUCGACUGGACCUGCCAGCGUACGAGUCCUUCGACGACCUGCGGGAGAAGCUCCUGAUGGCCGUGGAGAACGCGCAGGGCUUUGAGGGUGUUGACUAGAUGUAGACCACAGACAAGCUGCAAUUUCUUUGCCGGUCACAGCAGCCAUAGAUAUGUUGGUAUAUGCUAGAGUAUGUAUACAUACCUGUUGCUGUGGACCUUAGGACAUCUGUAUAGUGAAUUAAUUCCAUGACCCCGGUUGUUUUAGCCUGUUUAGCGCUACUCUCUUGGAAAGCUGAAGGAGCACAAAUUGACACAUUUAUUUUUAUUUAUUGUUGUUUUUUUUAUUAUUAGUAUGACACAGAGGCUUUCUGAUUAAUUUCAAUUACUCUUAUUUCAUAUUAAUAUGCAGUUGGUACUGUGCCUGUUUUACACUUUUCACUCACUUCAAUGCAUGGAAAAUUAACCACUUUUACAGAAUGUUAAUUGCAGCACCAUUCAUCUUAGGAACCACAGCCAAACACGGAUUAUCAUCGGCAUAUUCAUUUACAUGUUAUUUUGAAUAUCUACUUCCUCAUGUACUAUUUUUAUCAAUUAUUUUUUAACUUUAUUUUCAAGUCAAGGAAAACAAAAACAUGAUGUUCAUAAUCAUUUUAGAUUUGUAAUUAUUAUUAUUAUUAUUAUUAUUAUUAUUAUUAUUAUGCUCCACAAAGUGUAUUUGUACUGUAAAGUGUUCUGUAUUUUACACAGUGUCCAACACUCCAAAUCGUGGAAAAUAAGGACGCAUAUCUUUAUUGAAAAUAAAUUGGUUAUUGAAGUGCUAUGUAAACAGCCUGAAAAUGUACCUUGUAUAUGCAAGAAAUUAAAGGUUAUAUUUCUUUAUUGGUUAAAAAUCCCCUAACAGAAGGUAAGCAUGUCAAAUUGCAUUUGUGGAAAGGCUUUCUGUGGACUGUGUUGCAUAAAUAUGCUUAUCCCUGUUUCUGAUGCACCCUAUUACGUUCUUAAAAUGUUUUUUGUCACUUUUGUUAUGUAAGUAGUAAAUUUUAAACAAGUAUUAAUUAACAAUACAAAAAUGAAACUGUGCAGAAACGCUGUGAUUGUUACCAUUUUAGCAGCACGUUCUUAUAGGUGGAAAUUUCUCUUUUAUUUGCCUUUUUGUAAUAACACUGAACCCAAAGGGCACUUUAUCACACUAAGGUCAUGUUGCCUGUCUUUAUUAUUUUUUUGUUUAUCCGGGUGCAAAAAAAGUGUGUGUGUGUGUGUGUGUGCGUGUGUGUGCGUGUGUGUGCGAUUGUGCGCGUGCACAGUUGCACAUGCAUGCGUGCUUGUUUGCUUGUGUGUAUGUCUGUGAAUGUGUGAUUAUAUCUGGCUGCUGAUGUAUAAACUCACAGACUCACUGAUGUGGAGCUAAGACUUCCCACUGUAUUAACUUUACUUAUCAUGUGAACUUGACUGAGGAUCUGAUGUUUUUAGGAUGGAAUGGGCUCUUAAAGAUUCUUCUCACAAAAACGAUAGAACAAGUGAAAUUAAACUGUCAUACUAAACAUAAGGAUUGUUUCUUCAUUGCGCUUAAGUGAAUGUUGGUAUUAGUGCCUGUGAUUCCACCUCUGGUGCUUCAACCUUUUGAUUCAAACCUGGAAGGUUUUGUUUGACCCCUUUAAUAAUGUACUAUAGUUUUGAUUACCGUGGUUCUUCCGAAUAACAGCCAUGAAAACUUAACAGUCAAGAGCAUGAUGUAAAAUAAAGAUGUCGACAAAGUCAAUUA